CAUCAACGAUGUCUCCUUCCUUAGAAGCAACCGUUCCAUGAGGCGGCAACUUGCAUGAAGCUUGACUAAUAACUGACAAUCUUUAAUUCAAUAAUUCAAUAUUUCAAUAUACCUACAACUUAAAAAUUUCAAUCAAAUCAUGACAAUAUAGAAAGAACAAAGGAAACCACUUAUGAAAAGACGGGACACACUCAUAUCCAAUGAGAUAAAUGAGACACAAUGGCGACAAGCAAUAAUGAGCAAGUUGCGCAAACUGAAGCCAGCUUCGAAGGCCGCCUUCAACUAAAGAAUUUCAUGUUCGCCGGAGCACCAAGCCAAAAUACCCCAUCACCCGAGCCCCGGAGAAGUCAGAGGCUCUUGGUUCCCCAGCCAACGGCCUCACCUCCUCCUCCUACUUCAUCAUCAUCACCCAAACCUAGUAGGAAGCGCAAAACCGGGUCAAAGGUUCGAGCUACGGAGAGUGAAAGCAACUUCUUCAGCAACAGCAACAGCAACAGCAACAGCACACCCCCCCAAAAGCGCCCCCGCAGAUCCACCUCCUACGCGCCCCCCUCCACCUACGCGCACCUCCCCACCCUCCCCGACGCCCUCGCCCCCAACCUGCUCAUCCUAACCAUCGGGCUCAACCCCGGGCUCCAGACCGCGCGGACCGGGCACGCCUACGCGCACCCCUCAAACCUGUAUUGGAAGCUGCUCCACUCCUCCGGCAUCACCACCGCGCCCGCCCCCUGCCGCGCAACCGAGGACCAGGAGAUGCCCCGGCGCUACGGCAUCGGGCACACGAACAUCGUCGCUCGCCCCUCCCGCAACGGCGCCGAGCUGAGUAAAGGGGAGAUGGACGCCGGCGUCGCCGACUUGGACAGGAAGUGUCGCCGCUGGAAGCCGGAGGUCGCGUGCGUGGUCGGCAAGAGUAUCUGGGAGAGCGUGUUCCGCGUCCGCCAUGGGCGUGCGCUGAGGAAGGGGGAGUUUGUGUAUGGGUGGCAGGACGAGGGGGAGCGGAUGGGGGCGGGUGUUGAGGAAGGAAAGGGGGGUGACUUUAAGAAGGAGGGGGAGGAAGAUGGGGAGGGAGGUAAGGAGGGUAAGGAAAAGGAGAAGGAGUGGAAAGGGUCAAGGAUCUUCGUGGCCCCGAGUACGAGUGGUUUGGCGGCGACGCUGAGGCCGGAGGAGAAGGAGAGGAUUUGGAAGAUCUUGGGGGAUUGGUGUGUGGCGAGGCGGAAGGAGCGAGAGGUGGAAGCAGAGGUAGAAUCUACGGCUACUGUUGAGGGGACCGUAGACCAGGAUGCAUCUUGAUGGAGGACUGGUUUAUCGCCAUGCUGAUAUUUGCGUUGCUUUUACUAGAUACCCAGCAUAUGGAUCGGGACAUAGAUAUAGCGUUGCUUUGCUGAUUUAUUCAUGCGGAAUACCUAGGAACCUGCAUAUGUUAGUUGUAUCACCAACCAACAAAAUUGGACGUUUCUGGAAGCAUGAUGUCAUUCAGCUCAGGGGUCUAAUAAGCACAAGACAUCACAAGAAGACUUGAUAUAUAUAGAAGAGUUAAU